AUGAACAAUGGAUGGGGAUUUCUUGUUGAUGAAGAAAAAAGAGGCAGGUUACUUACUUUGGACACAGGUUCAAGCUUUGAAAACCUAAAGGUUAUGGUGUGUGAAGACUUUGGAAUUGAUGUAAACAUGGUCAAUAUAGAGCUGAGUUAUUUACCUUCCGAUUUGAUCAGUAGCAUCUACUCACCACCUGUUAUCAUCACCAAUGAUCGGCAAGUUAGAAAUUUUCUUACAUAUGUAAAGAACAAAGCUUCGACGCAGUUUUGUGUGAGUACUCAAGCCCCUAACAUAGCGGAAGAAGGUAUUGAGUCGCCUAACAGAGAGGAAGAGCCUAUGGAGUCUGACGACUCAAGUGAUAUGGAGUCUGACGAUGCAGCUGAUAUGGAUUCAGAAGAAGAUGUUGAGGUACCUGACAGUGAAGAUGACAAAAAGUGUGACAAAGAGAAGAUCAAUGAAGAUAGUGUUCGCUUUUCUUUGGUGGAUGUUGUGAAGAAGGGUCAAUCUUUUAGUUCCAAAACACUUUUGAAGGCAGCAUUCGAAAUAUGUGCAAUGAAACAUAAUUUCGACUACGUGGUUGCCAGAUCAGAUAAAAAAAUGUGGUACAUUCGUUGCUCAGAUGAUGAUUGCAGCUGGCGUGUUUGUGCAGAAGGAUUAACAGGCUCAUCGUAUUUUAUCAUCAAAAAGUAUGUACCUGAUCAUUCAUGUGCUGCAUCCAAUAGGAAGGGUUCUGUUAGGACAGCUUCACCAAAAACAGUGGGUACUAUGAUUAUGCAUAAGUAUGAAACUGCUAAAGAAGGGCUGAUAUCGAAUGAUAUAAUCCAGUAUAUGCGUAUGGUAUAUGGAGUUGAGAUAUCCUAUUCUUUGGCGUGGGAUGCACGCGAAUAUGCAAUCAACGCAAUGAAAGGUAUUCCAGAGAAAGUUAUUGUGGUGGAUGGGACGUUUUUGAAGAGCAAAUACAAAGGAGUAUUACUAGUUGCUACUGCAUUAGAUGGAAACUCGAGUUUAUAUCCAAUUGCCUUUGAAGUUGUCGACUCAAAGAAUGACCUCGCGUGGAACUGGUCUAUGAGACAACUUAAUGUGGUCAUUGCUGACGACCAUAGUUUAGCUUUUGUGUCUGAUAGGAAUUCCUCAAUUGCUAAAGCUAUUGCGAGAGUGUACCCGCAAGCUCAUCAUGGAAUUUGCAUUCACCACUUGCUGAAUAAUGUGUUCACUGCUAUUUUCGCUAUUAGUCCUGAAAUUGGAAAGUAUCUCAUAGAUGCCGAUGUGAGGAAGUGGGCUCGUUGUCAGUUUUCGAGUUACAUAUAUGAUAUUAGGACUACUAACCCUGCGGAGUCGAAAAAUGCUGCUUUGCGUACGCCUAGAGAGUUUCCAGUGAUACCUUUGUUGGACAGCAUUAGGAAAAUGAUGAUUUGA